UCAAAGGACAGCAGCACAGAGUGGAUCUGGUCUUACAGCAGGAACACACACUUGGCUGAUCUAACACACACAAACUCACCGCUGCAGAUAUGAUGCACGUUGCUUUCCUCCUCCUGAUUGUCUUCACAGACGGUGCGUCCUCUAAGAAAGUGUGCAGUUACCAGGACGUGGUGGACUACCUGAACCUGACCACAGAUAACAGUGUGUUUAAACUGACCCGGCCCGUUCUGGAUUACAAACACUCCACUAUGGUGGAGCUGGACAUCCUCCUGUAUGCCAUCCUGGCUGUGAUUGAGAAAACACAAACUUUUGUUCCUUUCAUCUGGGUAACAAUGAUGUGGAACAAUGAACGCAUCUCAUGGGACCCGGCUCAGUUUUGUGGAAUCACUCAUAUUUCAGUUCCUAGAGAAAUGCUCUGGACACCAGACCUUUUCAUCUAUGAGAUGAUACAGAAGGAUGACUCCCCUCACAAUCCGUACAUGUACGUGUCCUACGAUGGGACAAUCACUUUUGAAGAGGACGUGAAGGUGGUCAGCACCUGUAAGAUGGACGUGCACAAGUUCCCCUUCGACACCCAGAGAUGUAACAUCACUAUUGGAUCUGCAAUACACUGUGUUAAUGAGAUGCGUCUCCUUCCUUCCUCCAACUCGUCUCGAGCCACCCAGUUUUCCCGAGAGAUGAUGAAAAGUCAGGGAGAGUGGGAAUUCCUCCAACUGUCCAUCACCAGCUACAAUUUCACCUUCAACGAUAGACAGUGGGAAAACCUCAUAUACACUUUCACCAUGAAGAGGAGGCCCCUCCUCCACGUUAUCAACUUCUUGUUGCCUAUCCUGUUCUUCCUGAGUCUGGACCUCGCCUCCUACUUCAUCGCAGACCAUCGAGGAGAGAAGCUGGGCUUCAAAGUCACCGUGCUGCUGGCCAUCUCUGUCCUGCUGCUCAUCCUGAAUGACAUCCUGCCCUCCAUGUCCAACAAGACUCCACUCAUAGCGACCUACUGCAUUGUGAUUUUUGCUCUGAUGCUGCUCAGCUUGCUGGAGACGAUCUUGGUUACGUAUCUUAUGGAGAAAGACUCUGUAUCCCGGGAAGAGCUCAGGCUGAGGGACAAACAGGAGAAAGUGAAAAUCGAUAACUGUAAUGCAGAGGAGAAAAGACUAACUGGCUGUUUGUGCAUCUGUACAGAGUGUGACGGUGAGAAACAGCAUGAACUGUUGCCGGUGGCUGAAGAGGUUAACAACAGCAUUCAGCCACGAGAGUCUCAUGUGUUACUGCUGAUCUUGGAGGAGCUCAAGGAGCUGCAGACAACUCUGAAUCUGCACUUCCGCUGCAGACAGGAAGUAGGAAAAUCCGGCCACUGGGCCACAAAAAUUAACAGAGCUUUCUUCAUUUUCUACGUCACCACCGUGUCACUGUUUCUAACCCUCAUCUUUAUUGAAUGGAACACUUAGAAAUGUAGAAUAAUACCUUGUAAUACCUUCUGUA